AUGACUCCUGGCAGCAUUACAGCUCUAAAAAUGUUCCAGGAAUACCUGCCAACUGAAGUGACUGUGGAAGCUGCACAUGCCUUGAAUUUAGCCAAAACUGUAUCAUGCUCAAGUUCAUGUCAGGACAUCAUUAUAAAAGCAUAUCCUGUGGAAAACACGGAAAUCAAACCAGUGAUCCAGCACAAUGAAGUACAGUAUAAUUCUCCAUACAAGCAGAUGGAAAGAUUUCCUUGCAACUUACUUAGUGUAAGAGUCAUACGUAUGAGGAAUGCCCGCCAAGCUGAUGCCUUAAGUCAAUCUGACUGUUACGUGACCCUCUGGCUACCAACUGCUACAUGUGAAAAGCUGCGGACCAAAACUAUUAAUAAUUGCAAGAAUCCUGUUUGGAAUGAAACUUUUUACUACAGGAUUCAAAGACAAGUGAAGAAUGUGCUGGAGUUUGCUGUUUACGAUGAGGAUGCCGUCAGUGCAGAUGACCACCUCUUCACUAUCCGCUUUGAUAUUGCUCGGCUUCCAGUUGGUGAAAGAGUUCUCAUGUAUUUUAAGUCUGACCCAAAGGCACAAGAAGAACUGGAAAUUGAAUUUUUAGUGGAACCUAUAUCAGAUCCUCCUGAAACCAUAAUUACAAAUGGAGUUCUAGUGUGUCGUGAGGUUUGCAAACUGGAAGCUGCAGUGGAUCAAAAGAAACGGCACAAGUCAAAGAAAGAUCUUUCACUUUCCAUAAAAGGAUCCUGUGAAGGCCAUCAUUUGUUUAAGCUGGGUUCAGAUGCCAUCGUCACACCCCCAUGUCCCACAGCAUUCCACUACAUCAAGUACAGGGAACCAACGUUGGAUGUGAUGCUACCAAAGACGAAGCCACGUUAUAAUCCUCGUACCUGUUCUUAUAGCACCAAAGAAGAUGUUCCACCUCUGAUGCUGAAUUCCCUGCCCGUAGGAGAGAAAGUGCCAAUAAUAGAGGAGAAAAGAUACAAUUUGCAUGUGAGAGUGGAUGAGUGUCAUUGUUCCUGUCCAGAAGACCUAGAUGUGCGCUUGGGAUAUGAUCUGUGCUCACAGGAAGAAGAGUUCUUAUGGAAACGAAAGAGGAGAGUUGCUCAAGCUUUGAAGCAGGUUCUCCAACUAGAUUAUGAUCUCCAAGAUCAUGAGGUUCCAGUGGUAGCAGUCAUGACAACAGGAGGUGGUACGAGAUCAUACACAACAACAUAUGGUUGUAUGAGUGGUCUCCAAAAAUUAAAUCUCUUAGACUGCAUAACAUACAUAUCUGGCUUGUCUGGCACUUCAUGGGCCAUGACACACAUGUAUAGAGAUGCUUAUUGGUCCCAGAAGGAUCUGUGUGAGAAAAUAGAAGAGGCUAAGAAACAAGUGACCAAAAGCAAAAUGGAAAUGCUUACUAUGAAUCGUAUGAAAUAUUAUCAUCAACAGCUGAAUCAACGGAAACAAGAAGGACAUAAGACAACUUUUAUAGAUCUUUGGGGACUCAUCAUAGAAUAUUUGUUAAAUGAUGGGAAAUGUAAUCACAGGCUCUCUGACCAGAGAGAAGCUUUGAUAGAUGCUCAGAACCCAAUGCCUAUUUAUGUAACUAUCAACAUCAAGGAUAAGUACAGCACUCAAGACUUCAAAGAGUGGGUGGAAUUUACUCCCUAUGAAGUGGGAUUUCUGAAAUAUGGAGCAUUUAUACCCACAGAGAACUUUGGAAGUGAAUACUUCAUGGGCCACCUGAUAAAUAAGCUUCCAGAAAGUCGCAUAUGCUACCUUCAUGGUAUGUGGAGUAGCAUAUUUUCAGUGAACUUGCUGUAUAUCUGGAACAGAGUAAGCAGUUCAGAAGAAUUCUGGCAUAGAUGGACUCAAGACAAGUUAAUAGACAUUGAUGAAGAGCCUAAUCUACCUACAAGACCAUAUGAGAUAAAGAGCCAUAUGUAUGUGCCAGCUGGAACCUUUGCCACCAGACUUCGAGGGGUCUUGACUGAUCGUCUUUCUGUUGCCCAGUAUCACAAUUUCCUGAAGGGUUUUCAGCUGCAUAACUGCUACUUGGAGAAUGAAUCAUUUCAAAGAUGGCAAGCGACAGUGUUGGAUCAUUGUCCCAAUCAACUGACAGAACAUGAAAACCACUUGGGAAUGGUGGAUGCUGGAUUUUUCAUCAAUACCAGCUGCCCACCACUUUUAAGGCCAGAGAGGAAAGUAGAUGUCAUUGUGCAUUUCAGUUAUAGUGCAGGCUCACAGACACUGCCUCUAGAACAUGCUUGCAAGUACUACAAAGCACAGGGAAUCCCAUUCCCAGAUGUUGUCCUUACAGAUGAAGACAAAAAACAUCUGAAAGAAUGCUACUACUUCAAUCAAACUGAUGUCCCUGGUUGUCCAAUCCUAGUCUUCUUUCCUUUAGUGAAUGACACCUUCCGAUUUUACAGAGCUCCUGGUAUACAGCGUUGUUCUGAUGCUGAGAUGGAUGCAGGAAAAGUUGAUGUUUCCACUUGGAAGACUCCAUACUCUACUUACUGCCUCCAAUACAGUGAUGAGAAUUUUGAUAAACUAGUCAACCUGAGUGAAUACAAUGUCUUGAAUAACCAAGAUUUGAUUUUGCAGGCUUUGCACGCAGCUGUGGAACGGAAAAGGCGCCAGCAACAUUGCUGAAUGCAUUAAUUCCCUCUUGUGUGAAAUACACAUCGAUGGUGUGUGUGUUUUGUUGUUUUUAAUCCCCAGAAUACAACAGGCAGGUCAGGAUUGAAAUAAAAGAUUAUCUAUAGAUAGUGGUUAAUUUGAAGGCCUUAGCGGGAUUGAUUUCACCUUUUGAAAUGAUGACUGUUUAAUGUUGUAGAUGGGAGGCUUUAA